CCCCGAUCGGAAAAGCCACGGAGGGAGGUGGGUAUGAUUGAUUAAAGGCUAUGCUUAGAAUCGAUACAGGGCUGAGUAAUGAUGUCAGUGUAUAUACAGAUGAACAUGCUGGUAUGGCUGAAAUGGGGUUGUAGGUCCAUGUGUACGACGCAAAAUGCGCUGCGUAUAGAGACGACAAGCCACCUGCACUCGAGUGUCAUGGCCAACCGUCCUGGCUCCGUCUGCGCAACGGCAGCGGGAGCCGAGGGGCCCGCGAAGACCUGCGAUGACCGUUGGAUAAGCUGAGUUUUCGGAUUGUUGCAAGUCUGCGCAGUCCCGCCCAAGAUACGGCAGCC